AUGCACGACAAAUCUUGCGUCUUCAACACACUCUUCGACUCCUUCCUCUACUCGUUCGUCAUGGGCGCCGACAACAUGAAGACCAUUGGCAUCUUGGGCGGCAUGUCGGCGAGCUCGACGCAAAUCUACUACCGCCAGCUGUGCAACCUCACACGGGAGCGCCUCGGCGGGCUCCAUUCCCCCGAACUCCUCAUCCGCUCCGUCGACUUUGCCCGGAUCGAGGACCUGCAGCAGAAGGGCCAGUGGGACCAGGCCGGUGCUAUACUCAACAAGGAGGCCAAGGCCCUCGAGCGCGGCGGCGCCCACCUCCUCAUCCUCGCGACCAACACCAUGCACAAACUCGCCGAGCAGAUGAUGGCCGACGUCUCCAUCCCCAUGCUCCAUAUUGCCGACGCCACCGCCGCCAGCAUCAGGAGCCGGGGGCUCAGGUCGCCGGGUCUGAUGGCGACGGCCUUCACCAUGGAGCAGUCGUUCUACGUCGACCGGCUCACCGCGGCCGGCCUCGACGCCAUGGUCCCGGUCAAGGAGGACCGCGACGAGACGCACCGCAUCAUCUACGAGGAGCUAUGCCGCGACAUUGUCACUAAGGAGAGCGAGGCUGCGUAUGUGGCCAUUGCGAGGCGGAUGGUCGAGAGGGGGGCCGACUGCCUGAUUCUCGGCUGCACCGAGGUGUGCAUGCUCCUGAACGGCAGCAAUGUGUCGGUUCCAGUCUUUGAUACUACGACGAUACACUGCGAGGUGGCGUUGCAAAAGGCACUUGAGGGCUGA